CUCACCAAUGGUUGUCUUGAACAGAACGUGGUCCUGGGCAACGACUCCGAGGCGCUGGAGCGCUGGAAGGUCACCCCGCAGCCGCUCAACUACUACACGUACAUCUUCCACGUGGAGAACCCCGUGGAGGUGGCCAACGGCGCCCGGCCCGUACUCAAGGAGAAGGGCCCUUACGUCUACGACCUGUUCAGGGAGCGCGUGGACGUGCAGUUCCACCCCGAGGACGACACCGUGUCCUACUACGACAAGACCAUCUACCGCUUCAAUCAGGACAAGUCGGGCUGCCACUCUGAGGACGACGUGGUCACCAUCCUCAACGCCCCAGUGCUGGGCACAGGAUUGAUGAUGCAGCAAAUCUCGGAGCAGCUCCUCACGAUGUUCAACGACGCGCUGCCCAACAUCUUCCCCACCGCGUCGUCCGCCUUCAUCACGGCCAAGGUCCGGGAGGUGCUCUUCGAGGGCGUGCUCGUCAACUGCUCCUACCCGUUCACGCACUUCCCCGUCGGCCCCAUCUGCGCCGGCAUGCGGAGCAGGGCGCCCGUGACCUUCCGCAAGGACGGCAAGAACUUCUACUUCUCGAUGUUUAACCACCUCAACGGCACGGACACCAAGCACCGCGUGCGAGUGUACCGCGGCCAGAAGAACCCCAGCGCGCUGGGCCGCAUCAUGCGCUUCGGCAACAACUCGCUGCACACGGCGUGGCGCGAGAACACGCACUGCAACAUGAUCAACGGCACCGACACCACCAUCUUCCACCCCUUCAUCCGGCCGCCGGAGAAGCUGCCCGUCUUCGUCUCGGGCUCCUGCCGCUCCAUGUACAUCACCUUCGAGUACCCGAUGCACGCCCACGGCGUGCGCGGACUGCACUACGUGGCCGACCCCAAGAUGCUGGCGAGCGGGCGCACCUACAAGCCCAACCGGUGCUUCUGCCCGCCGGGGCCGCCGCCUCCAAAGGACAAGGAGGGAGCGGCCAGCGCGCCUCCCGCCGUCACGGUCAGGCCCGCUGCUGCGCUCACCACGCUGGCCGAGACCCAGGCCCCUGCUGCCGCAGCGCUCACCACGGCAGCCGAGGCCCAGGAGGCCCCCUCGACCGCAGCGCUCACCACAGCGGCCGAGACCCAGGCGGCCGCGCUCACCACGGCGGCCCAGACCUCGGCCGCCGCGCAGCAGGCCCAGACCUCGGCCGCCGAGGAGCGGGCCGAGGCCACGCCCAGCAGCCAGGACGAGGGGCCGGCGGGCGAGCGGCGGCGGCGGCGGGACGUGGCCGACGACGAGGCGCGCGAGGAGAGGGACGCCUCCCGGUGCCUGCCCGACGGCGCGCUCGACAUGAGCACGUGCUUCGGCUCGCCAGUCAUCCUCACGCUGCCGCACUUCUACCUCGGCGCUAAGGAGUUCCACGACUACGCCAUCGGGCUCAAGGCCAUCAAGUCCAAGCACGAGACGUUCGUCGAUAUCGAACCCAUGACGGGAGUGCCACUGCGCGGCGGCAAGCGAGUGCAGCUCAACAUGUUCCUCAAGAAGAUAGACGAUGUCGCCGCUCUCAAGACGGUCAGCGAGGGUCUGUUCCCCAUCCUAUGGGUGGAUGAGGGCAUCGACCUGGAGGGCACGAGCCUGGAGCAGCUGCAGGCGGCCACGCGGCGCCUCACGCUGCUGCAGGUGCUGCCGUGGGUGCUGGUCGCCGGCUCCGCGCUCAUGGCCCUGGGGGGCUGCCUGGUGCACAUCCACUCGACGGGGAUGCUGCAACGCAUGGCGGCCGAGCGGCGGGCGCGGAACCCUCCGCAGGGGGCGCCGGGCGGCCACGGCGCCGAGAGCCCUCCCCCGGGCACGCCCGGCAACUACGGGUUCGCGCUGGGCUUCGGCCCCGCCGCCGCCAAGGGCGUCCUCCUGGGCGCGGAGGGCAGCCUCAAGGCGCGCCUGGCCGGGCUGCACAGCCUCAGGGGCCUGCACGGCCUGAACGGCGCCAACGGGGUGGGGCCCUGGCUGGGCGGCGCCCCCCGCGGCGGCCGCGGCCACGUCGUCACCCGCACCUUCUGCAGCGAGCACCCCAAGGAACACUACGUGGAGCACCCGCACGCCGCGCGCUGAGCCGGGCGGGCUACGCACGCGCCAUGCUGACUGGUUCUGGUGGACUUGGCAUUUGUUUUAUGUUUCAUGGUGGCUGGGAGGGGGGAGUAGGCGGUACAAACAACAGCUUGGAAUUGCCGAAUCUUCUUGGUGGUUUUCAGGCUGCCGUUUUUACCGUGCGUGGUGUGGUGUUAGCACUCUGCUACUCAGCUGUAUGGUCACAAUAAUGUACCUGAUAAUGUAAUACGACGUUUCAUGAGCGGGCAUGUGGGUCAUUUCCUUUAGGACCCUGUUGCCAUUGGAUUUGCAGUUUCUAAUACCUCCAUGUUUUUACAUCGUCUCUCGCACUGCG